AUGGCUAUUAACGGCGUAGGAGAUGUUAUCGCCCUAGUUCAGGUCACUACACAAGUAGCCAAAACACUACAUGCCGCAACACAUGCGCCGAACGAGGUCAAGCUCUUUAUCCAGGAAACAGACCGGUACCAAUCAUGCGUGGCGACAGCUGCCAGCAGGCUUCGCCGGCACGGUGCCAUGCUGAAAGAUCAUGCCGACGUGAAGAGCAACAUUCAGGGUAUGCUCGAGCAAUGUGUGGAGACGACCAAGAAAUUGAAAAAGAUCGCGACCAAGUAUGAGCACAUCGUGAACAGGAACGGAAGCCCCACGGGCGCAGAGGCCGCCUGGCAUCAAUGGAUCGAAGCCUUUAAGACCGUCUACCACAAAAUUGAAUGGACGACAAAGGACGUUGUGGUGGAGAACCUUCGAGGAGAGCUGUUGCGACAUAUUCAGUGGCUGACCUGGCUGGAGAACGGACUGCUCACUGAUCGAGUUAGUCAACUUGCAGACCAAGUGAGCGACCUGAAAGAUAUGGUCGCCGUUGCAGUGUCAAACCAAAGCUCGUCCACAACCCCUAUGUCUAGUCCCUUUGGUCCAUCUCCUGAUCCAACGUCACCGUCGAUCACGGCAAGGGGGUCUGGAAGCCAGUUCAAUUCUCCGGAACUUUCCUCAAAUCCGAAAACUCAGUCCAUAGCUCCUCUAUGGCUGCCAGGUCCGACAGUCGGCCUUGAUGACUACGACUUUGGACAGGACAUUGACAACCAAUUGACCCUGCCGGAGAGUUUUCCUGGAGUCACCCCAGGCGAUCAGUACCGCCACGUCAAGCUCGCGUCCAUCAAAGAACAGCAAGACUUCGUUGAUAAGCUGACCGCGCAUGCUAACUUUACCGAAAUACGUGUUGACUCGGUUAAUUUUGUCUGGCGAAAGCCUGGGGCGGCGGACGGAGUUUCGAUAGAGGCCAGUGACUCGGGAAGAGUGCUGCUCAUCAAGAACGGUGCUGCUGUGGAAGAUAUUUGGACUUUGAACGACAAGAGAACCAUACGCUUCCGGCAGCGAGUACCCACUUGGGAAUACAUUAUUCCCUAUUCGAUCAACGGCGAUGAACUCAUAGCUGUGGUAGAGCAAGGCGAGGGUCUGACCUUCUUCACCAUCGAAGAGGGCCAACGGAGAGAUCACCCCAGAAUUCCGACCACUUGGGUCCAGUACAAGUUCCGGAGUGUCCCUGACUGUGAACGAUUUCAGGCAAUAGUCUAUGGAUCCAGUCUUCGGCUUGUGGUACCGGUAACCGAAAUUUGUCGCCCCCAUUUCGGCCGAGACGAUGAUCGCAUCGUCGGCUUGGAGAACGUGCGGGUCUGGGAGGUGGGAUCAGAGAUGCGAUUUAUGGUGCAUUUGAUCCAGGAAAAGGGGAAGCGGCGGAAGAAGUACAUGGAGUUCAACCUGUGUCAAGACAGCAUCAAAAUUGAGAGCAGGGGGACAGGUCGGAAGUCGACUCUGCUGUUGACGGGUAUACAUGCCCAGAUCAACGAGAUCGAAGCUGAGAGAAGGGCAUCCACGUCAACCUGGAACUCGGACUCGACCCUGUCGCCGGCCAGGUCGCUGACCCGACGGUUCUCUUGGAACCGAAGUCUCCCUUACCUGGACAUGGCGGAAAUUUAUUUCGAACACCAAGAAGGUGGGCUCACUCGUGGUGCUCUCUUCACCCAUGAUUCAAAACGCUGA